AACAAGGAAAUUUCCCCAAGCCUUCGUUUUCCAUUAGUUUGACUUUAAGAUAGCCCAAGUCGUCGCUAACGCGUUUCUUGCUAAAAUUACUGGAGCUACCAAACGAACAAAUGGUCUAUCUGCUAUCUAAGCUGAGCCUCAUAGUGAAAUUCAGUGCUAUGGAGUAGGAGAAAGAAAGACGCUGAUCCCAGCUCCAUUUCAAGUUCAUCUGCUAACCAGUCGAAGUUCUAUUCUGAUUUCUGAAUCUUCUCAAUGAGCACCACACAUACUCAGGAACUUAACUGUUCAUCUUGAAAUCGUGGUGCCCAAAGGAAGCUCCUCUCAUUUCGAGAACAGAGUGUCUUUUGGAAAAAGAUUUCGAGAAUAGAGUGAAACUUGGUGCCAUGUCUGGGGGUGGAAUAUAGAAAGGGGCUUGAUCCGAGUUGGAAUUCCAGUUCUUCCCAGAUUAAUUGUCUUUAUCAGAAGAAGUGGCAUACUACUGCCCUGUCAGUUUUGGAGGCUUUGUUAUGGGUUUCAACUAGAGUCUUUGAAAUAUGACCGGACUGGAGGCUGCUUUAGCAUCUGCACUGUUGAAGCUUGCUGAUAACAAGCUAGUUCCACUUAUCACUAGCGAGUUUGCUUCCAUAGCAGGUGUGACAAAAGAUCUCUCUGAGCUCCAGGACAUACUUGGAGAGAUUACAAGGUGUCUUUCAGCAGUUCGUGAUACAGACAUUGAUAGUUGCCCGUCAUUUCUCUGGGUGAAAAAAUUGAAAGAUGUAGCUUAUGAUGUCGUUGAUUUACUAGAUGAUGUUCAUCUAGACGCUGAGAAAUACAAGAUCGGCAGUGAUUAUGAUGGAAACCAUGGUAUAGGUCACUACUUCUGUUCAAAACCAAAGUCAUUUCUGUUCCGAUGCAACAUGGCACGUAAAGUCAAGGGAAUUAAGGUGAGGUUUGCUGCAAUUGUGAAACAAAGAAGCGACAUCAAUACUAUACUGCAUAAUUUACCAUUGGAUUAUUAUGUUAUGAGCAGAAACAGGGGAACUGCAGAGUUGUCUUUGUUGAGUAGUGUCGAAGAAUCAAAAAUACCCAGAAGGGAUAAAGAGAAAGAUGAGAUUAUAUCUAAGCUUGUAGAAUGCAGCGCAGGAGAUAAUGGUUGGAUAGUUUCUAUUGUUGGGCUAGGUGGUUCUGGCAAGACUACUUUGGCCAAACAUAUCUGCAAUGACAACAUGGUAAAGCAGCACUUUAAUGAUACAAUAUUUCGGAUCCAUGUAUCUCAAGAAUUUCACAUGGAAAAGCUUAUCAGCAAGCUAUUUGAAGCUAUCACUAAACAGAAGUCAGAAAAUCAUGCAAGGCAGCACAUGGUCGAAAAAAUUUCAAAGAUGUUGAGUGGUAAGAAGUUUCUUCUUGUGCUUGAUGAUGCAUGGCAUGAGAACAAGGAUGACUGGGAACAAUUCAUGCUACAUGUAAACACCGGUGCACCUGGAAGCAAGAUUUUGCUAACUACUCGUAAUCAAAAGGUUGCAGGAGCAGUUAAAUCAACACAUAUAUUCCACUUGACGUUCUUAUCAGAUUAUGAGAGCUGGAGCUUGUUCCUUAAAUGUUCUGGGUGGGCAGAGAAAGAUUUGGGAUCUGAGUUCAUAUGGGUCGGGAAAGAGAUUGUGAAGAGAUGUGGUGGGGUACCUCUAGCAAUCAAAACUCUUGGCAGUGUCCUCUAUGACAAGAAGGAUAUAAAUACUUGGAAGGCUAUAAAAGAGAGCAAUUUAUGGAAUGUUGAGACUAUAAAUGAAAGAGUGUUUGCAUCCUUGAAAUUGAGCUACUUUCACUUGGCAGAUAAUCUGAAGCAAUGCUUUACAUUCUGCUCUAUAUUCCCAAAAGGCUAUAAAAUCAUAAAAAAUCAUUUGAUUGCACAAUGGAUGGCCCAUGGCUUUAUCAAUACGAUGAAUAAAGGUGAUCCAGAAGAUAUAGGAAGUGACUACUUUGAUUCUCUUGUGAAAGUGGGCUUUCUUCAAGAUUCUUUCCAGAUUUGGUGCAAUGAUCAAUUAGUAUACAAAAUGCAUGACCUUAUUCAUGAUCUCACCCGACUGGUUUUACAGGAUGAAUUAGCGACAUCUGUACCGAACACUAUUACCACAAACUGUACUCCUAGAUGCAGAUAUUUAUCUUUGAUGUCAUCUGCCGAGAAGGUUGGCAAGGGCUUAUUUGACAAGGUCCGUGCUAUUUAUGUAUAUGGUGGUGACACAUCGUUUGACAAAUCCAUUAAGAGUAGUUUCUACAUCCGCAGUGUUAUUCUGCAGUCAACAGUUGUUGGUCAAUUUUCCAUAUUGAAAUCGGAGUAUCUUGGUUAUCUUGAAAUUUGUCACAUUAGUUUCACAGAAUUUCCAGAAGCUAUCUCAGGCUGUUGGAACUUGCAGGCCCUUCAUGUUAUGUAUUGUGGAGGUUUCAUGAGGUUGCCUGAGUCUAUUGGCAAGCUUAGGAAGCUGAGAACUCUGGAGUUAUUGAUAUGCAAUGAUUUUGAGAGUUUGCCUCAGUCUAUUGGUGAUUGUCGAGAACUUCGAAGCUUGCAACUAUAUUUCUGUGCAAAUCUCAGAGAGAUGCCAAACUCCAUAUGUAAACUUGAAAACCUAAAGGUGCUGCAUAUUGCUGCAUCUCCAGCUAUGCAGCAACUUCCAUCAAAAAUGGUUGGUGAACUUAGCAACUUACAAACACUAAAUUUAUCUGGUUGUUCAAAUCUUAAAGACCUGCCAAGUACAUUUGCUUGUUGUAGACUACAUAACUUGGUGCUAUCUAAUACUAACAUUACUGUACUUCCUCAAUGGAUCACUCUGAUUGGUACUCUAGAGUGUAUAGAGCUUGAGUACUGCACAGAACUUGCUGAGUUGCCUACAGAUAUAGGGAACUUGGAAAGGCUGGAAAUUCUGAAUUUACAGGGCUGCUGGAGACUCUGUGGCAUGCCAUUAGGGUUUGGACAACUGAUCCGAUUAAGGAGGCUUGGCUUGUUUGUUGUCAGGUGUGGUGAGAAUGAUGCUAGCAUCUUGGAGCUUGAAGAUCUUGAUAUGUUAUGUGGUCACUUGGAAAUUACGAACCUUAGAUAUUUGAGGGAUCCAAUUUACGCGGAGAAGGCUUGCUUGAAGAAAAAGAAAACCUUAAAAUGUUUGAAAUUGACAUGGUGGUCUUCAAGUGGAAUGGAAGAAGAAUUAGUAUUAGACAUGGAACAUGACCUGGAUGUGUUGUGUGCUCUUGAACCACCACCAGAAAUUACAGUGUUGGAAAUUUGCGGUUAUCGGGGUCCAAGUUUGCCCUGUUGGAUGAUGAAGCAAUGUGAUUCAUCAUAUUUGGAUGGCAGUUUCAAUAAAACCAGUCCACCUCGCUUCAAUGGUCUAACUCAGUUGAUGCUGGAACAAUUACCCAAUUUGCAGCAUAUGCAAGUACUUGUGGAGUUCCCUUCGCUGAAGACCUUUAAUCUCCAGGGAAUGCCUAGUUUGGAAGAGCUGUGGACUACGACAAGUGGAUUAGACAUUGGGGAGGAAGAAGAGGGAGUGCGAUACUGUUUCCCUGUCCUAUCAGCUAUGUUCAUAGGGAACUGCCCGAAAUUGAAUGUGAAGCCCUACUUCCCGCAAUCUUUGGAGCAAUUGCGAUUGGUAAAAAGCAAUGAGCACCUGAUUUCACCAGAUGGCUCCUCCUCCCGUCGGUUUCAUACUCAUGCCGAUGAAUCCUCGUCUUCCUGUGGCACACUUCCAGAGAUUCACCUGAAGAAACUGAAACUGGAAGAAAUGACAGCAUCAUCAACUAGUUGGGAGUUACUGCUGCAGCUAACUAAACUGGAGACCUUGGAAAUUCGCCUCUGUGAUGACCUGAGAGAGUUACCGGAGAGCAUGCACAGCCUCAAAUUCCUGCAGCGGCUGCAUAUCGAUGCAUGUUCCACCCUUGAUGUACUACCCGAGUGGCUUGGCGAACUGCGCUCUUUACGUGAGUUGAGUAUUGUCAGGACUCCAAUGAUUGCCAGCCUCCCUCAAUCGACCAAGGACCUUACGUCCCUUGUUGAGUUAAAAGUUGUUGGCUGGGUAAAUUUGAGCCAAUUGCCUGAGGCCAUUCAGCACCUCAGCUCCCUCCAAGUUCUCAGCUUGGAAGGAUGUGGCGCACUGAGCAUGCUGCCGGACUGGAUUGGACAACUCUCUGCACUUCAAUUGCUUCGUAUCGACCGUUGCACUGCCCUUCAAUCCCUCCCCCAUUCCAUAAAAUGUCUAACUGAUCUUCGGAGUCUGUCCAUUACUGGUUGCCCUGUUUUGGCUCAACGUUACAAGAAAGAAGUUGGAGACGACUGGCACCAUGUCUCCCAUAUUCCACAUGUGAUGUGCUAUUAGAUCAGGGGAGUUGAGGGACAGCACCUAGUAUCCCAGGACAAAUGAACAUUGAAGGACCAAAUUGGUCAUACCAUCUGUAACUAUUUUGCUAACAUCUUGUUUUCCACAUGUGAUGUGCUAUUAGAUCAGGGGAGCUGAGGGACAGCACCUAGUCUCCCAGCACCUGUAACUAUUUUGCUAACAUCUUGGUUUCCAAAUGAUGUGUAAACCGUUAUGUUGGGGUGCCUGAUAAAAUCCUGAUUUACCAAAAGUCUUGAUUGAAUAAAUCUGGAGUAUGAGAGUUGCUUUAACGUGUA